GCCUGCUGUGUCCCGUGACGGAAGUGCGGCGGCGUGCAGUUGAGCGGGCUUUUUGGAAGUUUGUUGUGGCGGCGAGGCCGAGUUCCCUGGUAUGUGCAAAAAUGGACCAGAAAAUAAUAUCUCUAGCAGCAGAAAAAACACCAGACAGACUGCAGAAAUUUCUUCAGACCCUCAAAGAAGAUGAUCUGGCUGAUCUCCUCCAGAAUCAGGCCGUGAAAGGAAAAGCUGCAGGAGCGCUCCUGCGAGCCAUCUUCAAAGGUUCCCCCUGCUCUGAGGAGGCUGGAGCUCUGAGGAGACUUAAGAUAUACAUAUGUUGUAUCCACUUAGUGGAGUCAGGAGACUUGAAGAAAGAAGUAGCAUCUGAGAUCAUAGGAUUACUAAUGCUAGAGGCUCACAAUUUUCCAGGAUCAUUACUGGUUGAAUUAGCCAAGGAGUUUGUUGGUGCUAUCAAAGAGGGCAGCUUGACAAAUGGAAAAUCUUUGGAGUUAUUACCCGUUAUUCUCACUGCCCUUGUUGCCAACAAGGAAAAUCUAGAUUAUGGAAAAGGUGAACUGAGUGGGGAGGAAUGUAAGAAGCAGUUGAUUAACACCCUGUGUUCUGGCAGAUGGGAUCAGCAGUAUGUAAUCCAACUUACCUCCAUGUUCAAAGAUGUCCCUCUGACUGCAGAAGAGGUGGAAUUUGUGGUGGAAAAAGUAUUGAGGAUGUUCGGCAAGUUGAAUCUUCAAGAAAUACCACCUCUGGUCUAUCAGCUUCUAGUUCUCUCCUCAAAGGGAAGCAGAAGGAGGGCUUUGGAAGGAAUCAUAGCUUUCUUCAACGAGCUAGAUAAGCGACACAAUGAGGAACAGAGUGGUGAUGAGCUGUUGGAUCUUGUUACCGUGCCAUCAGGUGAACUGCGUCAUGUGGAAGGCACCAUUAUACUACACAUUGUGUUUGCCGUCAAACUGGACUGUGAACUAGGCAGAGAGCUCCUGAAACACCUAAAGGCCGGACAGCAAGGAGAUUUCAGUAAUAACAUAUGUCCCUUCAGCAUUGCCCUCCUGCUCUCUGUAACAAGAAUACAAAGAUUUGAGGAACAGGUAUUUGACCUUUUAAAAGCUUUAGUUGUAAAAAGCUUUAAGGAUCAUCAGCUUCUCCAAAGCUCAAAAUUUCUUCAGAAUCUAGUCCCUCAUAGGUCCUGUGUUUCAACCAUGAUCUUGGAAGUCGUGAAGAAUAGUGUUCAUAGUUGGGAUCACGUUACUCAGGGCCUGGUAGAACUUGGCUUCAUUUUAAUGGAUUCAUAUGGGCCAAAGAAGAUUCUUGAUGGAAAAUCUAUUGAAACGAGCUCAGGUCUUUCAAAAAUACCAAACCAGCAUGCAUGUAAGCUGGGUGCCAAUAUCCUGCUGGAAACUUUUAAGAUCCAUGAGAUGAUCAGACAAGAAAUUCUGGAGCAAGUACUCAACAGGGUUGUUACCAGAGCAUCCUCUCCCAUCAGUCAUUUCUUAGAUCUGCUUUCCAAUAUCAUCAUGUAUGCUCCCUUAGUUCUUCAGAGUUGUUCUUCUAAAAUCACAGAAACUUUUGACUAUUUUUCCUUUCUGCCCCUUCAGACUGUACAAGGGCUGCUGAAGGCAGUGCAGCCCCUUCUCAAAGUCAGUAUGUCAGUGAGAGACUCCUUGAUACUUGUGCUUCGGAAAGCCAUGUUUGCCAGCCAGCUUGAUGCCCGAAAAUCUGCGGUUGCGGGCUUUUUGCUGCUCCUGAAGAAUUUUAAGGUCCUCGGCAGCCUGUCUUCCUCUCAGUGCAGUCAGUCCGUCGGCGCCAGCCAGGUCCAUGUGGAUGUCCACAGCCGUUACAAUUCUGUUGCCAAUGAAACUUUUUGCCUUGAGAUCAUGGAUAGUUUGAGGAGAUGCUUAGGUCAGCAGGCUGAUGUUCGACUUAUGCUUUACGAGGGGUUCUAUGAUGUCCUUCGAAGGAACUCUCAGCUGGCUAAUUCAAUCAUGCAGACUCUACUUUCACAGUUAAAACAGUUCUAUGAGCCAGAACCUGAUGUGCUGCCACCUCUGAAAUUAGAAGCUUGUAUUUUGACCCAAGGAGAUCAGAUCUCUCUUCAAGAACCACUGGAUCAUCUGCUGUGUUGUGUCCAGCACUGUUUGGUCUGGUAUAAGAGUAGAGUGAUGCCCCUACAGCAGGAAGAAGAGGAGGAGGAAGAAGAGUUCUACCAAGAGUUAGAGGAUAUGUUGGAGUCUAUUACUAAUAGAAUGAUUAAGAGUGAACUAGAGGACUUUGAACUGGAUAAAUCAGCAGAUUUUUCUCAGAGCACUGGUGUUGGCAUCAAAAACAAUAUCUGUGCUUCUCUUGUGAUGGGAAUUUGUGAGGUUCUAAUAGAAUAUAAUUUCUCCAUAAGUAAUUUUAGUAAGAACAAGUUUGAGGAGGUUCUGAGCUUAUUUAUGUGUUACAAGAAACUCUCUGACAUCCUUAACGAGAAAGCUGGUAAAGGCAAAACUAAAACGGCCAACAAAAUGGAAAGUUUUUGGUCCAUGAAAUUUGUGUCUGAUCUGCUCACUGCUCUCUUCAGGGACAGUACCCAAAGCCACGAAGAGAGCCUUUCUGUUCUGAGGUCCAGCAAUGAGUUUAUGCGCCACGCGGUGAGCGCAGCCCUGCAGAAGGUACAGCAGCUCAAGGAAACAGGGCAUGUGAGUGGCCCUGAUGGCCAAAACCCAGAGAAGGUCUUUCACAAUCUCUGUGAUAUAACUCGGGUCUUACUUUGGAGAUACACCUCCAUUCCUACUUCAGUGGAAGAUCUGGGAAAGAAAGAGAAAGGGAAGAGCAUCUCCCUGCUGUGCUUGGAGGGCUUGCAGAAGGUCCUCAGCGCUGUGUCGCUGUUCUAUCAGCCCAAGAUCCACCACUUUCUCAGGGCUCUGGAUGUCACAGAUAAUGAGGGAGAAGAGGCGGAAGACAGCAUCAGUCACAGAGCAGCGUUCCAGAUCCGGCAGUUCCAGAGGUCUCUGUUGAACUUACUUAGCAGCCAAGAGGAAGAUUUCAACAGCAAAGAAGCCCUCCUGCUAGUCACUGUUCUCUCCAACUUGUCCAAGCUGCUGGAGCCGUCCUCCCCUCAGUUCGUGCAGAUGUUAUCCUGGACAUCAAAGAUUUGCAAGGAAAACAACCACGAGGAUCCCUCGUUUUGCAAGGGCUUGAUGCAUCUGCUCUUCAGCCUCCACGUUCUGCACAAGAGUCCCGUCCCCCUGCUGCGCGACCUGUCCCAGGACAUCCACGGCCAUCUCGGAGACAUAGACCAGGAUGUAGAGGUGGAGAAAACGGACCACUUCGCGAUGGUGAAUUUGAGAACAGCUGCCCCUGUUUGUUUGCUUGUUCUGAGUCAGGCUGAGAAAGUCCUAGAAGAAGUAGACUGGCUGAUCGCCAAGCUUAAGGGACAAGUGAGCCAAGACAUUGUCUCAGAAGAGCCCUCCUCUCAGGCAACCCGCCCACAUCAUCCCAUCGAGAAAGCCAUCAUCAUGCAGCUGGGAACUCUGCUUACCUUCUUCCACGAGCUCGUACAGACGGCCCUGCCGUCGGGCAGCUGUGUGGACAUCUUGUUAAAGGACCUUUGCAAAAUGUACACCAUUCUCACAGCACUUGUCAGAUAUUAUCUCCAGGUAUGUCAGAGCGCCGGAGGAAUUCCGAAAAAUAUGGAAAAGCUGGUGAAGCUGUCCGGUUCUCAUCUGACCCCCCUAUGCUAUACUUUCAUUUCUUACAUACAGAACAAGAAGAGUCAGAGCCUGAAAUGUACAGGAGAGAAGAAGGGGAAAGCGGCCGUCGUUGCCACAGCCAUGGCCAGAGCUCUCCGAGAAACCAAGCCCAUCCCUAAUCUCAUCUUCGCCAUUGAACAGUAUGAAAAAUUCCUCAUCCACCUUUCGAAGAAGUCCAAGGUGAACCUGAUGCAGCACAUGAAGCUCAGCACCUCGCGAGACUUCAAGAUCAAAGGGAACAUCCUGGACGUGGUUCUCCGGGAGGAGGCGGCGGACGAACCCGAAGAGGGCACUGCAUCAGAGCACGGGGGACAGAACAAAGAACCAGCCACGAAGAAAAGGAGAAAAGAAAUGAAAUGCCUGAGUUAACGUGAACUUUGGGGCUUCUGCUUUCUUUUUACCCAACAAGCAACAGUGCCCCGUGUCCUACAGCCUGCACCCCUGGUAGCAUCUUGGCUCUGAACCCACUGGAC